CCUGUGGUCGGAUAUAUCAAGUCUGUUAUCAGCCAGAAUAGUUGCUCGCUUUCAGGUGGAUAUUGUACAAAUAUGACCAUAUAAUUUGAUUUUUUUGGGUUUGAAAAUUUGAAUAUACCAUGAGUGUGACUCCAAUGGAUUUUACACUUGCAUUGUUCGUUCUUCUGUGGAAUAUAAUUGAUGUUGAGAGCAAAGGGAAGCUGGCCAUACAGUUAGUGGACUUCCACAACAAGCAGGGACUUGACAUUAACGGUCAAUGUUGUGACGGGGCCAAUAUACCCAUGUGUCCAUUGGAACAAUGUGACCACCACUUCACUGUCUGUGCUGGAGAACACCCCAGUGCGAAUUUAACCGGAGGGGGAUGUCAGUUUGGGAGAGAAGAUUUUAAUGCUCACGAUAACGAGAAUGAAAUCUCCUUUACUGCUGGAAAGUCAUCUUUAUUCAGUUUUGAUACCUGGAAGGGGUCGGCGUAUAUAUCAGUGCAGGUAACAGACUCUGACAGUGAUGGACUGGCACCUGUAGAUAAUCUUUAUCUAAAUUUUACAAGUGACAUACCUGGAUUUAACUCCACUACAGACUUCAAGUCGACGUACACAUUGAAGGGUCAGCGACCUCAACACCCUACCAGCCUAUCAUUGAAAGUGAAAGUGUACUGUGAUCCACAUUACUAUGGCGAUGACUGCUCUAUCAACUGUGUGGCAGACAAUGCAUGUAACGGCCAUUACACAUGUGACAACAAGGGACGCAAGGUGUGCAACGAUGGCUGGAAGGGAGACAACUGUGAGGUCAUAAUACAAGGGGGCCCAGCAGACUGCAGUGUGUAUCAAGACAGGACAGAGUUUGUGCCAAGUGUAUGGGAAGGUCAGUACCGAUGUCCCGGGGAAUCAUCACAGGCCUUUGUCCUGAACGUCACACAUUCCAGUGGCCUUAUCACCACAGUAGGGGACAUCACAAUCCAAUCCUUUGUCAUCCCACUCUCCGGAACGUAUGCCAGUUCUUUCAAGAUACUGACCCUUCAGGGCCAAACGUUGGUGCCGAAGGACAUAGGAGGGAGGAACCUCACAACGUUGGAGCUCAAUCUGCAAGAGAAAGAUCAUGAGGCUAUAGAAAUGAAGGGCGACGUGUUGAUAGACCAAGAAAAAUGUCCUGUCCUUAAUCUUACACGCACUAAGGCUUACUUCGAUGGCUGUUAUGUGCAGGGCACUUGUGUGAGAUAUGGCAUUCAGAAGGACCAGUUCUACUGCUGCUGUAAUGAUGGUAACUCUUGCCCAAAAGCAACAAAGAAACCUCCAACCACCCAAACAACUAAAGCAACCAAAUCAACAACUAAACCUACCACAACAACAAAUAAACCAACAACACCAACAACUAAACCAACCACAUCCACAACUAAACCUACAACACCCACAACUAAACCAACCACAUCUACAACUAAACCAACAACACCAACAACUAAACCUACCACACCGACAACUAAACCAACCACACCAACAACUAAACCUACCACACCGACAACUAAACCUACCACACCAACAACUAAACAUAACACACCAACAACUAAACCUAACACACCGACAAAUAAACCAACCACACCGACAACUAAACCAACCACACCAACAACUAAACCUACCACACCGACAACUAAACCAACAACACCAACAACUAACCCUACCACACCGACAACUAACCCUACCACACCAACAACUAAACAUAACACACCAACAACUAACCCUAACACACCGACAAAUAAACCAACCACACAGACAACUAAACCAACCACACCAACAACUAAACCAACCACACCAACAUCUUCAAUAUCUGGACCAACUACCACUGAGCCUAUUACUACUGUUACACAAAGUCCUACCACAAAGACAACCCAUGGGCCCAGUACUGCAGCUUCCACCACUUCAACCACGCUUCCACCUUCGACUUCAACUCCUACCACCCCAAUCACACUGCCACCUUCAACUUCAACUCCUACCACUUCAACCGCACUGCCACCAUCAACUUCUACUAAAGCUCCUACCACCUCAACGAAGUUACCACCAUCAGAUACAACUCCUACCACCUCAAUCACACGUCUACCAUCAACUUCUACUAAAGCUCCUACCGCCUCAAUGACGCUGCCACCAUCAGCUACAACUCCUACCACCUCGAUCGCACGUCUACCAUCAACUUCUACUAAAGCUCCUACCGCCUCAACGACGCUGCCACCAUCAUCUUCCUCCAACGCAGCUACCACUUCUACUCCAGGGAGCCCAAGCAGCUCUGCUCCACCAUUUACUUUUAAGAACGUCACUCAGCAGCUAUAUCUUGAGCUCGUGGCAGAGGAGCGAGACACCUUCAUUACCAUGGGCAUCAUAAUGGCAUGGACACAAAUCAAUACAGUCUCCAUUCAGGUCAACAAUAUAACUGUGCAGGCUGUGACCUCUUUUCAGGCUGUUGGGGAGAAUGGCGUGGAAGUUUGUGCAGUCUUUGUGAAUAUGACAGUACCGUAUACAGCAAAGAAACCAACCUCUGACAUGAUUGUGUCCAAGAUGCAGGUAUUAGCCAACUCGUCCUUAAUCAGGCUGUAUACAGGACCUACUAACAAUCUAGCUCUAUACAAAAUGGACUAUGCUCUAACGUUUACAUUGGAGGGAACAAUGCCACAAAAUUGGCUCAAGAGUCAGUGGGAGACAGCCAUCUUGAGUGCUCUCAACAAGAGCUGUGAUAUUCAAGCCUGUGUGUCCCUCGCCAAUACUGUUAUCAACAUGAAGAAGAUGGAGGAACUUGUGGGACCAAGAGGCAUGGAGCUAACCAAGGUGUACUUCUUUGUUGAGAGAGAUGGGAAUCCUUUAAUGUCACUAACUGUUGAUACUUCGGCCACUCUCAGCAUUGACUAUGUGUCUGCAUUCACAUCUGCUGGUCUGACAGGGGUUAAGGUCCACACCGGAUGGGGAGGCACACCGUACAGGUUCCAUUACACCUUACUGGUCGAGGGAACAGUGUUCAAUGAGGACCUGCCCAAGUUUACAUCUCUCCUAGAAAAAGUCUGGGCCACGGAAUAUCCAGCCAAGUACAAAGAUUGUGGUAUAUGUAACAUCACCAUAGCUCGACUGGAGCAGUACACUGGGGACAAUGGCACCCUGGUGACAGCCUUAGUUUACUUGUACUACCUGCGCUUUACGAUCCAGUUCCCCCUGCUGGUACCUCCUCCUCCAGUAGCACAGAUCAACAGCAGUAUGACCUUGAUGAACCGUGACCACUCCCCCUACACAUUGUACAUGGGGUCAGAUGUGUUUAGGUACACUCACCACUACAGUGUCCUCAUCACUGGUCAGGUUGACCUACCGGCUGACUUGACACUCCUACAGUCCUUACUGACCACUGCCUGGACAAACUGGACACAAACUAACAAAGGGUCUUACCAAAAUUUCCAGGGCUGGAACAUGACAAUUAAAGGCAGUGAAUUAUUCAUCAGUCAGAAUGGGGAGUUUGUUACAAAUCUGAUCUGCUUCAUCACCAGCAAAGACCAGGUGGUUGAUUCCAGGGUUGUCAUGGUGCCCACUUUGACCUGGUUGUCACAGGCCAGUAAGGAUUGGCUUACCUUUAAGCACAGGAAUGGAGAGCCAUAUAAAGUGUUCACAUCUCACAUACCUAGCGAGAUGAUUCGAGUGCAGGACACAUUUGUAGUGUAUAUGAAGGGCUAUGUUUACCACAGGGACAUGUCAGCCAUUCAAAGCCAAAUUCAGAAUGCAUGGAAUGAUACGUUAACAGGGGCUAUAGUAGAGGUGCUGAAGUCAAUCAUUUACACAAGAACAGUAGAUGGGACAGAAGAGGUAUUGACAGCCCUGCACUACAAACUGGUCAACUCCAGGACCAAUGAGCUCUCGCUGGCCACACAAUGGAGCGUGUCACAGAAGACUGCUGUAUACCAGGGCAUCAUUUCGAACCUAACCAGCUUGAUUACGAAGCGAACCUAUACUGCAAUUACUACUGAUCUGUCCUCCUGGUUUGUGAUGGACAGACAUUUUGUUCUCUACUUCGCCAGCAGGCUUGGACAGUUUGACAUUGACUUCAAGUUUAAAUCAGCACUGAAAACUGCACUGGAGGUCAAAUGGAAAGAUUACGACUUUUUCCAAGAUCUGAAAAUCCAUGCAGCCUUUCAGGAGAAAGUUUACAUAGGGACUAGGUCAGUGUGGAGAGUUGUCUUCUUCCUGAAAUCCUCGGAAAGGGAAGUCAUCAACCCCUUGUGGGUGGCCCCUAUAACUGAACACAUAGUUAAUAAAAGCCUAUCCAUCACCAGUCUUGAAGGCAAUACAUAUGACCUCUACCUAGGCCAAAGAUCAGCAAACCUGUUCCUUUAUAGGUCACAUUUUCACCUGACCUUCACUCAGGAGGUGUCCCGGAUUGAUUACGUCAGGAUUACAAAUGACCUCCAAACGUUAUGGUGUAAUAACACACAAGGUUGUCAGCACAGCAUUAACGUCAGCAUUACAGUGAAGGAACAGGAACACUUCCUCGACAUCAAAGGAGUGUCUUACUGGCGGCUCAUCUACUUUGUGUGGUUUAAUGGGACAUGGUUGGACUCGAGGACCACACUGGACAUUAAGUGGCGAGAGUACAACGUGACAUGGAUGAGCCAGUAUGGUGUGCACUAUCAGACAGCAACAAGACAUUUAGACAUAUGGCACUUCUCCUAUGCCUUCAACCUAUAUUAUCACACCAAGUUCUAUAACACAGAGACACAGCGAGACACUCUCCUUACUACACUCCGAUCUGCCUGGACCGGUAUGGGUUUCUUAAAUAAGGAAUGCAGGAGUCUUGAUGUUGACAUUGUGAGACAACACCAGCUACCAACGGCCAGUGGCACAUUAUGGCAGUUAACCUAUUUCUUGCGGUACAAUGGAGAAAACGGUCACAAUUGGACAGUGGACGCGCAAUCAUGGCCCUUGCUAAAUUCAACUUUGCCAGCACACAUCUCCACAAGUGUCUCACUAAAAUGGUUCCAGUCUCUGAUUAGUGUCUACUCUUCCAACAAGGUUGCAGUCACAGAUUUCUCAGCUAUAGAAAAAGAUAUGACAUCAUCUCUUCUAAAUCAAAACCCAGAGUUCAAAGGUUGUGGUUGUUACCAUGUUAAAGUGGAGUUCCAAGAAGAGGUUGUUGAUGCCAGUGGACACACGUAUUGGCGUUUGUACUACCAUGUGUACAAGAAUGACCAUGUGAUUCCACUCUCUUCAAUACGACCUAUCAGUUGGGUGUACUUUAAUAAGCAGUACUCUAUUGGUGGGCAUUAUGGACAUCAUUACAACUUCUCCUGGCAGUGGACAUGGCAGCAGAUAUACAGCCGAUACAGCAGUCUAGGUGGGGUGUACCUAUCUCACAGGCUUUCCUCCACACACUACCACCAGCUCAACUCAUUAUUAGAGGAGUACUACACCCACUACUACAAUGAUUUCAAAAAGGUGAAAGCAACAAGUGCCACUACACCCAGGGAAUAUUUCACCAAAGACGGCUCGACUGUAUGGCACAUCCCGUUUAUACUAGAGGUGAAUGGAACACGUACCUACCCUCCCCCACUCAAUAUCAGUGCCCUCCAGUUGAAUCUCACAACUGCAAGAGGAACUACCUAUGAAUUCAUCUCCGAAUCAAAGGUCACCAGUACACAGAAGUUCUCCUCCAUAACAACAGACCAUAAGGUUUCCAGUACUGCUUAUGAGGAGAUAAAAGCUGCUAUAAUAAAGACCCUUGUCAACCAGUUUCCAGAUUUUGAAGCAUCAUGGCUAAAGAUUGAUAUGGGACCUCAACGAGAAUUGGUGGAUGAGAAAGGGUAUUCCUCCUGGAAGUUGCAUUACUCUCUCAGUGUCAAUGGUACAAAGUUUGACACAAAGGGUGCACUGAUCUUGAACUCUACAGAAUUGACCAAAAAUCUGUUGACAGUGACAGGGCCUAACUCUGUCCACUACCACCUUGCUAACACAACCAGUCCAGUGUCAGCGGAAACUCUUAUGUCCAUCAACCUGGCAACAGAUGUAUCCAUCGCCCACACACAUCAUGUCCAAGAACAGGUCAAGGAGGUGUGGCAAAAAUACUAUGGAGAUUCGUCAUCUGUGGAUGUGAAGUUCAUCAGACAAAACCAGUUUGUCAGUUUAACAGGAGAAUCCUUGUGGAGGUGGGACUAUGUACUGAGUAUCAAUGGCACAUCUGUACAGCCUGAGGAGGUCAAGUCAAUAGACAGAAAUCAGUUGACAACCAACCUUCUCAACUUGACUGGAUCAGGCACAGAAAGAUAUCAACUGAAGAACUGGACAUCGGCCUAUAACAACUAUGAAAUGCACUUCCCUCUGUACAUUGCAAACAAAGUUUCCCAGACUGACUUUUACAAGUUUAAGGAGAAACUACACAAAGCAUGGCUUGCUAUUGGUAAGAAUGUGACUGUGGAUAUAGUAACACAGGAAGAGAUUGUCAACUCCAAAGGGAAUUCUGUGUGGAAGCUGGUUUACUUUGCGAAAAAUGGGAGUGAAAUACUUGAUAGUCGUGUGUCUCCAAACAUCAACAGCACAGCCUUGGAUGUCAUCCAGGGACCCCGGGGUCCAUACAUCAUCUUAAAGGACUCUGGCUUUACCUCCAAUUUGAAAUACAGUUUAGGGUCAUCUGUAGCCAUUGAUCACAAGCUUGACGUGCAGGGCAUUAAUCUGAUUACUAAGAAGAUUAAAGAUGGUCUAGAACAGAACUAUAACUACCAAGAUUUAAAAGGCAAAUUGUCGGUAUCGAUUGUCAGACAAGAGGAAUACCUAAAAAGCGAUGGGACCCGAGGCUGGAAAGUGGUGUAUUUUGUCAAUGUGGAUGGAAAAACUGUCCGAGCAUCCAGUUUGUCAUCAGGAAACAUUUCCCUUGCUGGAUACCAGGGACCACAUGGUGUUCUCUACAAUGUCCUUAAGAAAUCAGAGCUUGUCUACGACUUCAGAGACAGAUUUACUAUUACCAUGAAAACGAAGGUCACACCAGAAUCUUUUAAAUCCCUAAAGAAUAUUAUAAUUGCUGCAUGGAAUAAUACCAAUACUGAAUAUGAAAGGUGUGGGUGUUUAUCGAUGGACAAAAUCAAUGCCAACCAGUUUGAAGAAGUUGUAGACCAACAUGGAAAUUCACUCUGGCAGUUGACUUACUUCCUGCAAAAGAAUUCUACUGUGGUGGAAUCUAGGACACACUCACCUCUGAACCUGACACACCUACAGACAAUGUUUAAAGGUCUGACCGAUGCCAAGGGUGAGGUGUACAGAGUAGUGGACACUGCAGUGGUCAGUGUCACACCACUCUCACUGGCCAGCCACUUCUACCUUGACCGACAGACUGCACUUCAAGAGCUACAGAAUUUUACCGAGAAGGAAUGGAUACUCAAAGGAUUCCAGUCAGUAAAGGUGGACAUGAUAAGGAUGAUACGCGUCUUUGAUGUAUUUUGGAAGCAAUGGUGGAAAGUAGAAUACUUCAUCCGUGGCAAUGAGAGUCUCCUGGACCCAGCCAUCCUGCCUGACCUGACAUUCAGCAGUGCCAGUAUUCAGGGCCUCCAUGGUUACAAUGUCAGCGUUCGAGCACCCACAGCCAUGGUUGCCAAGACUGACUACAGUUGGAGUUUCUCACUAACGGUGGACAAAGAGGUCAAAAGGUCACACAUACAGCACUUCAAGAAUGCUAUCAGAAACUCAUGGACCUCAGUCACUGCCAUAGCAGCAAAUGUGGAUAUUUUCAUACCAGAGCAAGUAAAAAUGGUCAGCAAUAAAGGCACAUUCUACUGGAUUCUACCUGUCUUUGUGUAUGACAAGGGCGCUGGACAAUACCUGGACUCCCGAGUACAUUCCGACCUGAAUGUGUCUGAUAUACAAAAGUCUGUAGACACUGCCAAUACCAGGGAUGUAUACAGACUGGUAUCUACGGUGAACAGUGGCCUAAGGCGUUACGAUACUGGCUUUACCCUCUACCUCUCAUCCUUUGUCAAGAGGGCCCAUCUCAGUACUUUGUCUACGGAUAUUGCUCAGCUCUGGAAAACUAAAGAGUAUGACACAAACAGCAAAGUUACUGUUUCCAUUGUCAAACAAGAAGAGCUGGUAACAAAUACAGGCAAGGUGGCAUCCAAGAUGACCUACUUUCUACAAAUCAACAGUACAGAUAUACACUUCAGUCAGGUGACUGACCUUGACCACGAAAUGGUACAGGAAGUGGUCACUAUGGUAACUGGCCAAAAAGCAGUUUUACUGAAUGGAGUCAAGGAACUGGCGACUAGUACCUCUCACUCAGGUGUCACCAUUGAGACAGCUUACAGCUACAGUAACCUGCACAACCUCUUUCUGACCAGUCCAAUCCUGGAUCAGGACACACCUGUAAUGGAGACUCGGUUAGCCAAAGCUUGGCUCUCACAAAUGGCAGAUGAACGAGCCAUAACUGUCACGUUUGAACGAAACUAUCUGAUCAAGAUGAACUUGAGUGUCUCCAAUGCGGAUUUAAUCAAUUAUGAUGUUAUCCGCAUUGGAUUCUCCACGUCGGUGAAGCAGGGAAUCCUGAUACAGCUAGAGGUUUGGAAGGACUCCUAUUUCAGCGUUAAAAUAACAAAUACUGGAUCUGUGGCCUUUAUAGUGGACUCCGCGGUGUACAGAGGGGAGAUAACUACUAAGGGUGUUGACUACACAGACGGGGCUUAUCAUGUGGUGCAGUUACGUACACAGCAGGUGACAACCUCAAUGUGGACAGUAUUCAUGCAGGUUGAUGAUGGUGAAGAGUAUCACAAAUCAUUCCCAAAGCCAAACAGAACUCUAACCACGUUUUAUGUUGGAAACAAUGAUACAGAAGGUACAGGACAAGGAUUUGAGGGAAAGAUUUUCCUGCUACAAGUGGGUGAAUUCUACCCCCUUCGAUAUGCCUUUACAUCACACCUCCCAUCAGAUGUACAGCUGUCCCCACCUAACAUGACAGUCUCUGUAUAUAGCAUUGGACAAAAUGCUGGACUUCCUAACACCAAACCAAAAUGGAAAGUUGAUAUUGAAGAUAUUCUGCAUCUCUCAGCAAAGAUUCUGUUCCAGGAUGAAGUAGUGACGGACAAGAGGAGAAGUAUGUGGAACGUGAAGUAUGCUAUCAUAGUUAACAAACAAAAGCAGCUAAGGAGGGCACAAGUCUCACAGCUGUCCUUCGACAACAUAGAGACUUUCCUGAAUCUAACGAGGUCCGGGAGUAACGACACCUACCAUUACAUGGACGAGAAGUACACUGUGAACACCAUUAGCUACAGAGAUCUGUACCAUCUUCACAUCCACCAACGUGCUGCUUCCCAAGACUACCUAAGCAUUCAGGCCAAUCUUAGUACCAUCUGGAAAAAAAAGGAAAACUCUACAAAGAGAGUGACUGUGAUGAAACAGGAAGAAGUGAUUGACGCUAAAGGACACAUCUUUUGGAAGUUGUCUUACCAUGUAGCCAGCGAAGACGGCGCCUCUCCCAUCAACCCCAGACUUGUGGAUGGGGUCACCACGGCCAGACUAGCUGAGGGAGUGGUCAUCGACAGUCCCCUAGGGAUCAGAUACAAGGUUCUAGGAGUGAGCCAAACCUACAGGUUAUCUCAGGCAUACCGGUUUGUGGUCAGUAGGCGUGUGCAACUCAACGAUGAGGUCAAACUCAGAACAGGAAUUCUGAAAAUUGUUGCUGCUAGCCAAAAGGGUUUACAGACAUCUUCUUUGGAGGUUGUGGCCUUCCGGACAGACAAAGUGGUGGAUCAGGCUAGUGGGCAGUUUUCCUGGCAACAUAGCUAUGUUGUUGCUGAAAAUGGUACUACACUGGAUGCCUCCCGCCAGACUGAGCUAGCUGCUAACAACUUAAGUCAGAUCUUGUCAGGCGCUGGGCUGGGCUUGAUGUACAAGCUAGAGAAGGGUGUAGUUCGGUCGUAUUCGGACAUGUUUGGCUUCACCUUAGUUGGUCAAGUUUCGACAGAGAUCACAAAAAGUAUCCAGACACAUCUGAAAGCAGCAUGGAAACUGCACACAGAAACUGCAAUUAUUAGUAACCUGAAACGACAAGAGUUUAUUGGUCAAAACGGGGCAACUCUGACCAAAUAUCAUUACUUUGUGGAGAGAAAUGGAUCACUGCUGUACCCCUCUCUGACAGUGAUGGCUAACACUUCUCAGCUGGCUCGCAAUCUUAGUGUUACUGUGUACAACGGCCACAAAGAAACAGACUACAACGACUGUUACAGAGUGUCUGUUCAGGGUCAUCAUGGACCAUUCAACACAGCUGUUAUCACCCGCGCCAUACAGACCAUGUGGGCAGGCCAGGGCACCACUGGAGGUACCACCACGUCCAACUACACUGUGGCCAUUGUUAAAAGGGAGGAAGAGGUAGGCAAGUAUGGAUUAAAGUUGUCGACCUUGGUAUUUACUGUGGAGAAGGACAGCAUGACCUUGACCCCAAAUUACCGAGCAUCACCAGCACUGUCCUCAGCCUGGACUUCUAGUGGUCAGUCAGGCCAGGUGUACAGCGGUCAGCAGCAGACAUUCCGCAUGAGCGGUUUGUUCCAACUUGGUCUCCAACUUGCAGAGCACGUAACAGAAUUGACCAAGUCUGAUCGAGCAAACCUGGAAAAAAUGAUCCAUACUGUUUGGAAUGUUGUUUCUGGUGAUGUGAAGAUUGAUGUUGUAGCCAACCAAAAAUUCCAUUCCAAGGACAAUAGUGCUACGGUGAACAAAUUACUUUACGCUGUGAAGAUUGAUGGCCAAGUUACAGAGAAUUGGGAGAAGUCCAUUCCAGACCUAGAGACGAAACUUUUUACCGCCUUAAAUAAGUCGACAGAUCUACGCAACAAUUUCAACAUUAUCACAUCAUAUGGAGGGCGUAUCAGGAGUGUGUAUCUCAGGGGUGGAAGCAGGGUUAAUGUAACACUUCUCUCACAGGCACUGAUGCAGGCAUGGCAACUUAACACUAAGGCAGGAACAUCUGACCUGAAUAUUGUCUCUCAAAGGAAGUUUGUGACAUCCUUAUGGGACUUCUUCACAAUGAAGGUCCAGUAUGUGGUCAGCGUAAACAAGACUGACCCAGAAGACAGUGGUAUUGAGCCACCAUCUUACGAUAAAGUCGAGACAGCUUUGACCUCAGUUAAUCUUGGUCAGUGUGGAAAAGGUUCCCUCAAAUACAACAAAGUACAUGUACAGGGCUCCCCUGCCACGCUCAACUUCACAAAUAUUGCUGGAGCAAUGCGGACAACGUGGACCUCAAAGAACACCGAGAUUGCCAACAUGCUGACGGUUUCAUUUAAGCAAGUACAACAUCGCCAGAAGCGUGCUGCAGCUGAAUCCUACAGAUUAGUAGACGAUGAUGGUCAUGAGAUCAGUCCUGUGGAGUUCACUGUGGCCUUGAACCAGGAGGAGCCAAGCUCCAUGUUUUUGGACACACCCUCAGACGAAGAGGUCAGUGUCGGGCUAAAGGCCGCAAACACAAAGCUGUGUUUGUGUCAGCCACGCCUGGCUGCACAGCUCAAGGUCAAAGGUCUCGUUAGUGAGGACGACAAGGACAAGGUUAAGGCUGCUGUCAAGGAUGCCUUUCUAAAGAAAAAUCAAGACUUGAAUGAAGAUGACCUUGGAAUUGAGUUGUCCAUCACUAAUGCCACAGAUCCCUCAGGAAAACAUGCUUCAGAUGUUGACUAUAUUGUGAAAAGGAAUGACAACGGAGAUGUUGAGGACUUAAUACGACCAAAUGAGGCCCAACUGAUGUCCGAUAUACAAUCAAUGUAUUCAAAAAUGGAGAAAGUGGAGGACGAUAAAAAGGAUGACUGGAUACUACCAGUGGCGGUUGCCUGCGGGGUGCUUGUAUUCAUACUGAUCGUCAUCAUAGUGUGCUAUGUUAUAUAUAUAAGAAGACACAGGAAGAAAGGGGACCUUAUCAAGCAAGAAGACAAUGUUCGAAACAGGAACACCUUUGACAAGGAACAUUUUAGUGACCCAGCCUUGUAUGAUGACCAAGGCCCGCUAAAGUAUGACAACCCUGCCUAUGACAAUAAACUAUAUCUAUGACAGGCCAAACUUGAUGGUAGUUAUAUUUAACCGAUUUAAAUUAAAUUAUUCCAUUACAGUGAAACUUCUUUUUGGAUUUAUGUACAAAAAUCUGCUCUAGGACGGAUAAUGUUAGACUUUCCCACAAACAGAUGUUGACUCUUGUUUCAUAGUAUUAGUUUUUUUAGCUUGAAAGUUAGUCAUUGACAUCAUCAGAUCAGAGACCAUACAUUAAUUACUGUUGAGGAAUAAUUUCGGUGUACAGAUUUUGUAAAAAGUAGAUUUUGUAAAAAGUGGUCUUUGACAAAUUACCAAGUUAUUGUGUAUAAGUUGUCUAUUUUUUCUUCUUUCCAAAACAGCCCUUUUGGCAAUCGGAAAUAUAUGUAUAGGUGGCUGUCUUAUAUGUAUAGGUUUACCACCUGUAAUUCAUAUAUAUAUGGGUGGUUUGCAGAUAGAUAUAGUUAUAGGUCUUUCACCGAUACAUGGGAUUUUUUGUCUGUCAAACUUCAGCUCCACCUAGUAGCAUAGCGGAUUUGACAAACUGGAUCCUUUAGACUUGUAAGAUAACGACUAGCUCAAGCUUAGAUACGACCUAUGGUAACUUGGGCAAUACAUGAUGAAUACGUUUGGUAUAUAAACCGUUGCUUGCUAGGUGGUACACUUUUCGUGCCAAAAGUAAAAGUGGAAUUCAUAAAUAAAACUUGUCAAUAAUGGAGCUUAUCAGUUAUCAGUGAUAACAUUGUCGGUAGAUAUUGUAGUCUAUAUCAUUGUUCGUUAAUAUGAUGUUUUGUGUAUAUGUGUAACUCUUAGCCAAGUGAAAGAACUUUUUCAAAUCUCUUACAGCGACAGAUGUGAGGCAUUACUAAAUACUAUCAAUGCAAUGUUCCUUUCAGCUUUUCAAACUUAAAACAUCUUAUGCAAGUUUUCUGGUCACUUGAGUGUUUGAUAUGUCAGGGGUUGAAACAUAUUGGACUGUUGUUGUAUUUUUGAAUUAACUGAUUAAUGUGAUCUUUUUUUGAAUUGUUUCCAACAGACGGACCAGUGUGAAGCAAACCGAUUGGUAACGAUAUAUAUGUUGUGGCAUGCAUUGUUUUUCUAGCUGUACUAGUGUGAGGGAGGAAUCUGUUAAGCUUCUGUUGGAAAACGUACCUCACAGAAGGGUUGCUUUCCGUCUAUUUCAUAAUUGGCUUUGUCAAGUGCAUGUAUAUAUCUUUAAGAGUAAUCCAUUCAUACAAAUGCCCAUAUAAACAUGCAUGUACAAACGUAGCUCAGUUUCUAUAUAAUUAUCAUUUUAUA